CCGGCCGCGCGGCCCCCUCCCGCCCUCCCUCCCUCGCUCCGCUCCGCUCUUUCUUUCUUUCUUUCUUUCCUUCUAGCCGUCGGGCUCUGGGUCCCUGGAGCCUCCUGCGCCGCUGAGGGGGCGGGCCCUGCAGCCUUUGUUGCCGCAGGCCGGGUCCCGACGCGGGAGCGGCGCGCGGGCCCGGCAUGUCCUGAGCCGGACCGGGACCGGGCAGCGAGCGGACGGGACGGACGAGAGCGCGCGCGCGGGGCCCCCCCUUGGCGCCGCCCGCCCCGGCCAUGCCCGGCCGCCCCAGCCCCGCGCCGCGGCUGCGCCCCCUGCUCCUGCUGCUCUGCGCCGUGGCGCCCGGCGACCCCGGACCCGCACCAGGGAGCGGCGCCGACGGCCGCGCGGCGCUGGACGUGGUGCACCCGGUGCGCGUGGACGCAGGCGGCGCCUUCCUGUCGUACGAGCUGUGGCCGCGCGCGCUGCGCAAGCGGGACGUGUCAGCGCGCCGCGCCGCGCCCGCCUUCUACGAGCUGCAGUACCGCGGGCGCGAGCUGCGCUUCAACCUGACGGCCAACGCGCACCUGCUGGCGCCCGGCUUCGUGAGCGAGACGCGGCGGCGCGGCGGCCUGGGGCGCGCGCACAUCCGCGCCCGCGCGCCCGCCUGCCACCUGCUCGGCGAGGUGCAGGACCCCGAGCUGGAGGGCGGCCUGGCGGCCAUCAGCGCCUGCGACGGGCUGACAGGUGUGUUUCGGCUCUCCAACGAGGACUACUUCAUCGAGCCCCUGGAGGGUGUGCCCGCUCGUCCUGGCCACGCCCAGCCCCACGUGGUCUAUAAGCGCCAAGCCCCAGAGAAGGGGGCGGAGCUGGGGGGCUCCAGAGCUCCCGGCACCGGCACCUGCGGGGUAGCAGCGUCCACGGAGCCGGAGGCCCGGCGAGAGCGUUGGGAGCAGCGGCAGCAGUGGCGUCGGCAGCGCCCGAGGCGUCUGCAUCAGCGCUCGGUCAGCAGGGAGAAGUGGGUGGAGACCCUGGUGGUCGCGGACACCAAGAUGGUGGAGUACCACGGGCAGCCGCAGGUCGAGAGCUACGUGCUGACCAUCAUGAACAUGGUGGCCGGCCUGUUUCACGACCCCAGCAUCGGGAACCCCAUCCACAUUACCAUCGUGCGCCUCGUCCUGCUGGAGGAUGAGGAGGAAGACCUGAAGGUUACGCACCACGCGGACAACACCCUUCGCAGCUUCUGCAAGUGGCAAAAGAGCAUCAACAUGAAGGGGGACACGCACCCGCUGCACCACGACACCGCCAUCCUGCUCACCAGGAAGGACCUGUGUGCGGCCAUGAACAGGCCCUGUGAGACCCUGGGCCUGUCCCACGUGGCGGGCAUGUGCCAGCCGCACCGCAGCUGCAACAUCAACGAGGACACGGGCCUGCCGCUGGCCUUCACGGUGGCCCACGAGCUCGGACACAGUUUUGGGAUUCAGCACGACGGAAGCGGCAAUGACUGCGAGCCCGUGGGGAAACGGCCUUCCAUCAUGUCUCCACAGCUCCUGUACGACACCGCCCCCCUCACCUGGUCCCGCUGCAGCCGCGAGUACAUCACCAGGUUCCUGGACCGGGGGUGGGGCCUGUGCUUGGACGAUGCUCCCACCAAGGAUGUCAUCGACUUCCCCUCGGUGCCGCCCGGGGUCCUCUACGACGUGGGCCACCAGUGCCGCCUCCAGUAUGGGGCCUAUUCGGCCUUCUGUGAGGACAUGGACAAUGUGUGCCACACACUCUGGUGCUCCGUGGGGACCACCUGUCACUCCAAGCUGGAUGCAGCUGUGGAUGGCACCAGGUGUGGGGAGAGCAAGUGGUGUCUGAACGGGGAGUGUGUUCCUGUCGGCUUCCGGCCUGAGGCUGUGGACGGCGGCUGGUCGGGCUGGAGCGCCUGGUCCGUCUGCUCGCGGAGCUGUGGUGUGGGCGUGCAGAGUGCUGAACGGCAGUGCACGCAGCCUGUGCCCAAGUACAAGGGCAAGUACUGUGUGGGCGAGCGGAAGCGCUUCCGUCUGUGCAACCUGCAGGCCUGCCCCCCCGGCCGCCCCUCGUUCCGCCACGUCCAGUGCAGCCACUUCGACGCCAUGCUCUACAAGGGCCAGCUACACACCUGGGUGCCGGUGCUCAACGACGCCAGCCCCUGUGAGCUGCACUGCCGGCCUUCGAGCGAGUACUUUGCUGAGAAGCUCAGGGACGCUGUGGUGGAUGGCACCCCCUGCCACCAGGGCCGGCCCGGCCACGACCUCUGCAUCAAUGGCAUCUGCAAGAACGUGGGCUGUGACUUCGAGAUUGACUCGGGUGCUGUCGAGGACCGCUGUGGCGUGUGCCACGGCAACGGCUCCACCUGCCACACCGUGAGCGGGACCUUCGAGGAGUCUGAGGGCCUGGGGUACGUGGACGUGGGGCUGAUCCCGGCUGGCGCCCGCGAGAUCCGCAUCGAGGAGGUGGCUGAGGCCGCCAACUUCCUGGCCCUGCGGAGCGAGGACCCCCACAAGUACUUCCUCAACGGGGGCUGGACCAUCCAGUGGGGCGGGGACUACCCGGUGGCGGGCACCACCUUCACGUACGCGCGCACAGGCAACUGGGAGAACCUCACGGCCCCCGGCCCCACCGACGAGCCCGUCUGGAUCCAGCUGCUCUUCCAGGAGAGCAACCCCGGGGUGCGCUACGAGUACACCAUCCACAGGGAGGAGGAUGGCCACGGCCACGGCCAGCCGCCCGAGUUCUCCUGGAGCUAUGGGCCCUGGAGCCCGUGCACGGUCACCUGUGGCACAGGUAUGCAGAGGCAGACUGUGCACUGUACCGAGCGACAGGUGGGGCCCGUGGAUGAGAGACACUGUGACCCCCUGGUCCGGCCUGAUGACCGCCAGAGGCAGUGCAGCGAGGAGCCGUGCCCUGCCCGGUGGUGGGCAGGGGAGUGGCAGGCGUGUUCCCACUCCUGCGGGUCUGUGGGCCUCUCCCGCCGCUCUGUGCUCUGCAUCCGCGGUGUGGGGCCGGAUGAGCAGAGGGCUCUGCAGCCGCCUGCCUGUGAGCACCUCCCCCGGCCCCCUGCCGAAAGUCCUUGUAACCGUGAGGUGCCCUGCCCUGCCACCUGGGCCGUGGGGAACUGGUCUCAGUGCUCGGCUACGUGUGGGGACGGCGCCCGGCUCCGGAGCGUCCUCUGCACCAACGACACCGGCAUCCCCUGUGACGAGGUGCGGCGGCCGGCCGGAAAGGCUACCUGCUCUCUGCCGCCCUGUCCGCGGACCCUGGACGUGCUGGGCCCCGAAGGCUCGGGCAGCGGCUCCUCCUCCAGCCACGAGUUCCUCAACGAGAUCGACUUCAUCCCCCCGCGCCUGGCCCCACGCCCCCCGUCCCCCUCGUCACCUGAGCCGACCGGCGUGGGCAACGCCAUCGAGGAGGACCCUGGGCUGGGCCCGCCAGGGCCCGUGUUCGUUGACGAUUUCUACUACGACUACAAUUUCAUUAACUUCCACGAGGACCUCUCUUACGGGCCCUUGGAGGACCCCGCCCCAGACCUGGCAGGUGCGGGGGACCGGACACCCCCGCCCCUGAGCAGUCCCGCUGAGCCCCCCUCAGCCACCCCCCUGCUGGCCUCAGAGCUUCCUGGGACGCCAGGAGGCGGGUCGCCUGCCCCUUGGCCCGGCCAGGCUGGCCUCUCCCCGCCCCCACCCUCAGAGCAGACCCCCGGGGACCCGCUGGUCAAUUUCUUGCCUGAGGAAGACACCCCUGUUGAGGCCCCAGACUCUGGGCUCCCCAGCUUGCCCCAGCCCCCCACUCUAGCUGGUGGCACGGAGAAACCGGCUGCCCCUGGGAGCCAAAACGGGGUCCUGGGAGGGGAAGACAGCCAGAGCUGGACAUCCCCUCCGUGGUGGGAGAGGACCAACGAGCUGUCUGAGGAGGAGGGUACCGGCCCCCCCCAAGGGCCCCACCCCAACCCACCCGCCUCACCUGCCACGGGCCCCAGCCAUUCCUCCCCCAGUCCCGACGCAGGAUCGCUGUGGACGGCUGGGACUGUGGCCUGGGAGCCAACUCCGAACGGUGGCCUGGGGCCUGCGGACAGUGAGCUGUGGCCCAGCACUGGGGGGGCUCCUGCCCCUCCUCCUCCACCGGUCGCUCAGCCAGAGACCCGGGACGGGGACAGCACCCUGGAGCCGGGGCCUCCCACCCCUUGGACCCCGGCAGCACCAGGAGCCUUCCUCCUGCCGGCCCCGGGCCCAGGACUUGUGGGCCCCGAGUCCCCUGGUUCCGUGGUGUUCACACCAGCUCAGGACGGCUUGGCCAAUGGCAGCGUCGUCCCUGAGGCCCAGCCAGACCCCAGCCUGGCCGUGCACCUGCGCCCUGCUGGGAAUGCCAGCUGGGAAGUGGGCAACUGGAGUGAGUGUUCCACCACCUGCGGCCUGGGUGCCGUGUGGAGGCCUGUGCGCUGCAGUUCGGGCCGGGAGGACGACUGUGCCCCCGAGGGCCGGCCCCAGCCUGCCCGCCACUGCCACCUGAGGCCGUGUGCCGCCUGGCACGCGGGCAACUGGAGUAAGUGCUCCCGCAGCUGUGGCGGAGGGUCCUCGACGCGGGACGUGCAGUGCGUGGACACGCAGGACCUCCGGCCUCUGCGGCCCUUCCACUGCCAGCCGGGGCCGGCCAUGCCACCGGCGCGCCGUCCCUGCGGCACCCAGCCCUGCCUCAGCUGGUACGUCUCUUCCUGGAGAGAGUGCUCAGAGGCUUGUGGCGGUGGCGAGCAGCGGCGUCUGGUGACCUGCCCGGAGCCGGGCCUCUGCGAGGAGGCCCUGAGACCCAACAGCACGCGGUCCUGCAACACCCAGCCCUGUACCAAGUGGGUGGUGGGGCCCUGGGGCCAGUGCUCGGCCCCCUGCGGUGGCGGUGUGCAGAGACGCCUGGUCAGGUGUGUCAACACCCAGACUGGGCUGCCCGAGGAGGACAGUGACCAGUGUGGCCACGAGGCCUGGCCCGAGAGCUCCCGGCCAUGCGGCACCCAAGACUGUGAGCUCGGCGAGGCUCCACGCUGUGAGCGGGAUCGCCUGUCCUUCGGCUUCUGUGAGACCCUCCGCCUGCUGGGCCGCUGCCAGCUGCCUGCCGUCCGCACCCAGUGCUGCCGCUCCUGCCCCCUACCAGGCCACGGGGUCCCCUCCCGCGGCCAUCAGCGUGUCGCCCGCCGCUGACCCACUCCAGCCAGGCCAGGCUGCACGAACAGACCGUCCCAGACGCACGGACCUCAUGCCCCAGUGCGGGCUGCACCCCAAAGGUGCUAACCCGGCCCGCUGAUGGCGGGCUAGGGAUCUCUCACCCCAAGAAAGGUAUUUUUUUAACAGUCUGCAGAACGUUAUUAUUGUUAUACAUAAAUGAGCACUAUGGUUUCGAGCAUGGCGUGACUUCCUCUUGGAUUGGGAGAAUUUCAGGUCAGACCCCCUGGUCUCUAUCCUCCUGACUCACCACCCUUCACGUGCUCCUCGGGGAACCCCUAGAAUAGGUGCUUGGUGGCCUCCUUGGGAGGUCUUCUGGCAGGAGUACAGCUUGGCAAAGGCGGGGGUGGGGCGGGGGUCCUGGGCCACGCUCUUUCUGCCCCUUCAAGUCGCUCGCCCACCCCCCAUGUCUCCACUCCAGGAGAGACCUGUGUUUCACAGUGAAUGGGUCACACCCUCCCUCGAGCAGUAAGGCCCUCUGGUCUCCAGCAGGGGCUGUCCCCUGGGAUGAUCGCGAUGGGGUCCGGGACACCCUGUCUGGUUCCUGGAUGAUGGCGAUGGGGUCCGGGACGCCCUGUCUGGUUCCUGGCCCUCGCCACUUCAGCUGUUACCUGCACCAGGGGGAGAGACGGGGUGCAGGUAGGAGCAGAUGGGCGGCCACAUCCUUCCUGGUCCCUGCUUGUCCCUUUCCCACAUCUCCAUGUUCAGAGACAGAUUUGGGGGGGGUUCCUGCCCCGCCAACCCCAGCUGCUGGGCUCCUGUGACGCUGACCCGUGACCUAACACCUGCCCACCAGAGCCCCCUUCUUGCCGGACAGACCUAGGUCCAUGGAGGCAGGCGUGAACAGCAGAUGGCAGAAAUAAUUUAAAAACUAAUCUGAAAACGUAUGUGAGCCACAGACAGACACUUCUCUGCGGAAAAACUCAUGGCUUCCUCACGGGUAGACAAACCUGACAUGGAACACGGUCAUGUGCAGGGAAAGGCGGCCCUGUACCACAUGGGCAGCAGUGAACUGUACCCCACCUUGGCCGUGGGAGCCCCUGGCGAGUCCCCAGGGCAGCCGCCAAACGCGGUCGGGGGCACACGCACAACACGGACACGAUCCGCUGAGGCCUGGGGCCCGGGCCAGAAGCCCAGGGUUCCCCAAGCUCCACUUCCUGUUCUAUGCUCUAGUCUACCCCCUCCGCCCCCCACCCCCCUUCCCCAGGCCCCGGGUCUCCUCUCCGGUGCCAGCCCUCCUGUCUUCCCGACACUCGGGGGAUGAAGCCCAUCCUGCUCCGCCACGGCCCCAGACCCGCUGCCUCUCACCUCCACUCCUCAGGAUCCCUUUGCCCAGGACACCCUCUCCUUGGGGUCCCUCCGGCCCCGCUCACCCCCACCUUUCCCCUGCACUUGUCCCAUCUGGGCUCCCCCCACGGCAGCCCUGAGCCUGUCACGCCAGUGGUCUCCCCUAGGUUUUUCACGUGAGAUGUCCGUCCUCGGUCACCGUGGCCCCCGUGCCCCGGACGCUCAGUAAAGGCUUGUUGGACAAAUAAAAAUGCUGCUUUGCU